AGAGAGUUGAGCAGUGAAGAUAGUCGGAGAUAGAGGCGUCCAGCAGAGAAAGGAGGAAGGCUAGCUGCCGAGGAUGACCACUCCCUCAAGCCAAGUGGCGAAGCUGUCGUUGGCCCUCAUCUUCGUUCUUGCUUCCCUCUCCGCCGUCUCCGCCACCGACCACAUCGUUGGUGCCAACCGUGGCUGGAACCCUGGCAUUAACUACACCCUUUGGGCCAACAACCAGACUUUCUAUGUCGGCGACCUCAUUUCAUUCAGGUACCUGAAAAACCAGUACAAUGUGUUUGAGGUGAACCAAACUGGGUAUGACAACUGCACUACGGAUGGAGCUAUUGGGAAUUGGACAAAAGGCAAAGACUUCAUAACCCUUAAUAAGGCAAAGAGGUAUUACUUCAUUUGUGGCAAUGGCCAAUGCUUCAAUGGCAUGAAAGUCUCUGUUCUUGUCCAUCCUCUUCCUCCUCCUCCUGCUUCUGCUGUUGCUGCUAAGCAUUCCUCAACCCCAUCCUCUGCUGCUCCAAUGCUUUUCUCUGUGGGAUCCUGGUUUUCUCUGCUCACGUCUUCUUCUGCUUUGGUUUGGUUUGGAUUUGGUUGGAUCUAGCAAAUGUGUUCCUCUUUGGGGUUUUAUAAUUCAUUAUUCUCAUUUCCUUUUCCUUGUAAGACAUUCUAGACAUGGUUUUGUCUUGUGAGGCUCCACAUUAAUUUCAAA